CGGGACUUGGGGCUCGGCGCGUUAGCGCUGGCUGGCGAAGCAGGCGGCUAGCGUAUCGUGAGCGGGCAAGAACGUGCGCGCGUGUACGUCCCAAAGUAAGAAUCGACCGUCUGUCGUUAACGGGUCGAACGACGCAGCGGCGUACGAUCGGGGAAAAUUCUUUUCUUCUGAGACGGGUGCGCGUUUACCCAGCUGAAUACGCGCGCGUGUUACCGGCCGUGUAUGGACGGCGGCACGCGUGCACGAGUCGAGGAGGAAAAAGCCCUGGAUUCGUCUCGCCUGCGAUCCUCCGCUCGGCUCGGUUUCGCGAGCUCCUCCUCGGCUGGCAACGCUCGUAUCGCCAGGCGCAAGAGGAAGAAGAGGAGAAGACAGCAACGACGAAACAGUAACGCCGACGACGAGGACGAGCUCGUCGUCGUCGGUGGCGCAGACGUUGACGUUGACGUAGAACCCAGCGGAACCACCGACGCGAUAUUUGCGGUCGACGAAGAACACCUAAAUCAACAGUCGGCGGGACCGACGGUAUCCGACGAGUCGAGCAAUCAGCCAAAAAAUCGGCUCGUACACAACACCAACGAAUCUCAACGAAACGUAUCCAGAGGAGGAGGCGGCACGCGCGCGGCUGCUUCCUCCCUCAGCUCCGGCAUCACGCUACUCAACCGUCGUGCCGCCGGCAAGCGAUCGUCCAGGAGAUGCAACACGAGCGCCCGUAGGAACGCGAUGACGAUGGAUCUCCAGAGACUGAUCACCGAGGUGCACGCCAGGCCCGCGAUCUGGGACCAGAAGAACGUCAACUAUCACAAUCGCGACGUCAUCCUGAAGAUGUGGCGGGAGAUCGCGAGGGCUUGCGAGGUCUCCACGGACGUGGCGAAAUCGAAAUGGAAACACCUGCGCGACAAUUUCCGCAACGAGCUGAAGAAGACUUAUCGAGGGAAGUGCGAAGGUGGGGCCAACGAGCACGACUCGAAGUGGGUUUGGUUCAAAAGCCUGUUCUUCCUGCGAGAUCAAAUGAACUCCCGCGUGAUAGGAUGCACCCUCUCGCAGAAUUGCACCGCAGCCCUUCGAUCGUCCCCGGAUGGGACGCAGAUCGAGCCACAGAUCGACAUUCUGGAAGGUCACGAGGAAACGCAAUUCGACGACCUGGACGGCGAUUCUUGCCAGUCCCUUCUAUCGAACGACGAUGCUUUGCAUCAGGUGAUGCCCCCGCCUAAAAUGAACAAAAUCUGUAGAAAGAGAAGCUUGAUGGACGCGAUCGAGAACGAUUACACCGAGGUGGAUCGAAAAAGGUACGAGUCCCUGCAGAAGAGGCUGGGCAUGUCUCAGGAGGAAGAGGACGACACCUACCACUUCCUUAUGAGCGUCAGGACUCCGCUCAAGAGUUUACCUCUAGAUCGACAGAUGUUCGUUAGGUUGAAAAUUCAGGAGCUCGUUUACAACGAGAUCAACUCUCAGAAUCAACAGCAUCGAACGUACGAGGGUGGGCACGACGUAAAACCUCUACGAGCUGGAAACGCGACUGGGGUUGUCGUAGUUGGAGCAGGACCUGGUCCAGGACCAGGAGGAGGGACCACGAGCGAGCCUGUAGGACAAGGUACAGACGAUGCGUCCAACCCGCCGUCGUUACUCCAGAAUUGCACCACAGAGGGCGCCACUGACGACGCCUAUUUCGGUUAAUUUAAUUUACGUUCUUAAGAUGUAAGAAUUAUAAUUUUAUUAAUAUUAAUAGAAAAUAAACGAUGGUAUUUUUUCAGUAA